UCAGAAGCCGCGCGAAACAAAGUCCCGCGGAUAACGGAUUUGUCCAAGUUUUUUGGGGAAUAAUUUGAAUCGAAAAUCAGGGACUCGUCCGUAAUUCGAGAAAGUUCUCUUCUUCUUCUCUCUAGUUACGCCGCAUCGUUUCUCCUAUUCUCUCUCUAGGGUUUCGGUUUAUUUUCAGGUGAAAACCCAGAACCCCUACGAAUUUUGUAAGGGUUUAGUAAGGUUUUUCGAUGGGCAUGGAAAGGAAGAGGAAGGUCAGCUUGUUCGACGUGGUGGACGAUACCUGUGUGUCGGCAAAGCUCGCGAAAACCAACAGAUUCGCAGUUCACGGGAAUGGCACCAAUCCGCUGGUGAACCGGUGGAACGGGCGGCCAUAUUCGAAGAGGUAUCUCGAGAUAUUGGAGAAGAGGAAGACGCUCCCCGUUUGGCACCAGAAGGUGGAGUUCUUGCAAGCGUUGAAGGCUAAUCAAACCCUAAUUUUAGUUGGUGAAACUGGCAGUGGUAAAACUACUCAGAUUCCUCAGUUUGUUCUGGAAGCUGUUGAACUAGAGAUUCCAGAUAAGCACAGGAAAUUCAUGGUUGCUUGCACCCAACCUCGCAGGGUUGCUGCAAUGUCUGUUUCGCGUCGGGUUGCGGAAGAGAUGGAUGUGAAUAUUGGGGAAGAAGUUGGUUAUAGCAUCCGUUUUGAAGACUGCAGUAGUUCGAGAACGGUUUUGAAAUAUUUAACAGAUGGUAUGCUUUUAAGAGAAGCCAUGGCAGAUCCACUUUUGGAACGUUACAAAGUGAUAAUUCUUGAUGAGGCUCAUGAAAGAACUUUGGCAACGGAUGUUUUAUUUGGGCUUUUGAAGGAAGUACUAAAAAAUAGACCCGAUUUGAAACUAGUAGUUAUGAGUGCUACUCUUGAGGCUGAAAAGUUCCAGGGUUAUUUCUGUGGUGCACCUUUAAUGAAAGUACCAGGAAGGCUUCAUCCUGUGGAGAUUUUUUACACUGAAGAGCCUGAAAGAGACUACCUUGAGGCAGCCAUUCGCACAAUUAUGCAGAUACACAUGUGUGAACCACCUGGUGACAUACUUGUAUUUCUUACUGGAGAGGAGGAGAUAGAAGAUGCAUGUAAGAAAAUAUCAAAACAAGUUGCAAAUGCUGGUGAUGUGUACGGGCCUGUGAAGGUGGUGCCGCUGUAUUCUACACUUCCUCCAGCUAUGCAGCAGAAGAUAUUUGAUCCUGCUCCUUCCCCCGUAAUUGUGGGCGGUCCUCCUGGGAGGAAGAUUGUAGUGUCAACAAACGUUGCAGAAACCUCUUUGACCAUUGAUGGCAUUGUUUAUGUAAUAGACCCUGGGUUUUCUAAACAAAAAGUUUACAACCCUCGAAUACGUGUGGAAUCUUUAUUGGUCUCCCCGAUAUCAAAGGCUAGUGCUCACCAAAGAUCAGGGCGUGCUGGAAGAACGCAGCCAGGCAAAUGUUUUAGACUCUACACUGAGAAAAGCUUUAAUAAUGAUCUUCAACCGCAGACCUACCCAGAAAUUCUGCGAUCAAACCUUGCAAACACAGUUCUCACCUUGAAGAAACUAGGGAUUGAUGAUCUGGUCCAUUUUGAUUUCAUGGACCCCCCUGCUCCAGAGACAUUGAUGAGAGCUUUAGAGGUUUUGAAUUACUUGGGAGCAUUAGAUGAUGACGGAAACUUGACCAAACUGGGUGAGAUAAUGAGUGAAUUUCCCUUAGAUCCUCAGAUGGCAAAGAUGCUUGUUGUCAGCCCUGAAUUUAAUUGUUCAAAUGAGAUUCUGUCUAUAUCGGCCAUGCUUUCAAUACCCAAUUGCUUUCUCCGGCCUAGGGAGGCUCAAAAAGCUGCAGAUCAGGCAAAAGCUAACUUUGCGCACAUUGAUGGGGAUCACCUCACACUCUUGAAUGUAUAUCAUGCGUUCAAGGAAAAUAAUGAGGAUCCAUCUUGGUGUUACGAGAACUUUAUCAACUCUAGGGCAAUGAAAGCUGCUGAUAAUGUGAGAGAACAGUUAGUUCGGAUCAUGGUUAGAUACAACCUCAAGCUAUGCAGCACGGAUUUCAACAGUUGUGAUUACUAUAUCAACAUCAGAAAAGCUAUGCUAGCUGGAUAUUUCAUGCAGGUGGCUCAUCUGGAGCGCACUGGACACUAUUUGACUGUGAAGGACAAGCAGGUGGUGCACUUGCACCCUUCGAAUUGCCUGAAUCGUAAGCCAGAGUGGGUUAUCUACAAUGAGUUUGUCUUGACAAGUAGGAAUUUCAUCCGCACCGUCACAGAUGUUCAUGGUGAAUGGAUACUUGAUAUAGCACCGCGCUACUUCGAUCUUGAAAACUUUCCGCAAUGUGAGGCGAAGCGUGUUCUUGAGAAGCUUUACAAGAAACGGGAAACGGAGAGGGAAGAGAGCAAAAACUAAAAGUAAAGCAAUCUUUUCGUGUUUUUGCUCCCUUUGGCGACGUGUCCCUGGGGAUUUUACUGGAAAGUGUAUUUUCUGUUCUGUAUUUGCUUAGGUUUCUUUCGUUUCAGUGGAGCCUUACCGUUAUUUGAAGUAGAUUUUUCGAGUUAUAAAUCAGAGCUGUAGGAAGCCAUGUGAUCUCUCCUAAUUUUUGUUGGAGUUAGUCAAUGAUUUCUUGUUAUUUACAGUUAGUUUUCUCUAACUUGUAGUUUUGGUUGGGAUCAUGGUUUCAAAUAGCCUUUCUGCAUUUAGUGUACGCUCCCUUGUCGUUUUCUUCCCAAAAAUUGAUAAAACAAAAGAUGGGAUUUUUUUUUCCCUUA